CGAAGGUUGCAGUGCAUGUUCCCAGAUAGGGCUACUCCUGCUUUCCUUCCUCACACACCUGAGAGAGAGAGAGAGAGAGAGAGAGAGAGAGAGAGAGAGAGAGAGACUACCAGGGUCCUCGCAGCACAUCAGAGCCCAUCGCUUACAAAGUAGCGCCCAGUAGCAGUUUGGCAAGAAGCCAGUUACUUUCUGAACCAAAUCGAGGGAGGGGGCGCGCACUGUGCGUGUGACGGGCAACUGACGUUUCUAACUGUCCUCUCCGGCAACGGAAGAUGCACACUGUGGAUGUUUGUGUAAGCGCUGGAGACGGCCGUUUUCUGCAUUUUAUUAACGACGGACACGCCUCGUCAGUUGCCUUGCAUCCCCACGGAACAUCAUGCAAGUAGGACCAACGCACCCAAUGCCAUGCUGAGCAACUCCCCGACUUUUCUGCUGGCCCUAACCACCGUAGCCGGACUACUCCAGCGGUGCCACGGCUGGAGCGACGAGGACCUCCUGUUACCCCCCAUCAACUCCACCAACAGAUUCUUGGCCAACUUGGAGGUAGACGUGCACUACUCGAAGAGAUCCGUGGAGGAGAGCGAAGCCUCCUCGUCAGACACUUCGUUACAGCCGUUGCCACAGUGCAACGUCAGCGUGCAGAGACUUUUCCCCACCUCGCUGGUGGCUCAUUGGGACAACAACUUCGGUUUCCAGUGCGAUGUGUUUAUAUAUACCGCCAAUAACAAUGGAAGGGCUUUUUUCUCUGCUGCUAUCAACAGAGCCAUCUCACCUGUUCUCAUCGAACACCUCGGAGUCACCGGCGGCCAGCAGGAGUUUAGACUGUGUGUUGGAUGUGGCAUGUCACGAUACCGGCGAUUCGGCAAGUCAAAGGCUCAGCAGACGGGGGAUCCCAUCAAUUUCUGCUGUGUUGACUUCAGCCUUGACGAACUAAAUGGGGACAAAAGUUGGAGAUUGAACCGUAAACCCAUCGAGUCAACUCUAGUGGCUUGUUUCAUGACUCUAGUGAUAAUAGUGUGGAGUGUUGCUGCCCUCAUAUGGCCGGUGCCUAUUAUUGCAGGAUUUCUGCCCAACGGAAUGGAACAGAGAAGGCCGAGAUAAAGAAUUCUGGAGAUAAACCCCAAGCCAAGAGGCAAAAAAUACUGUAGAAUACAUAUUUCAACUUUUUUUUUCACAUUCUACCCGUAUGAAAGAAUGUCCGUUUCCAAUUUUACCGUUUAGAAUGAAAGACUGCUUUUUGGUUUUGGUCUAUUUCCUAUUUAUAGGCCUUCAUUGUAAGAAGACCAAUAGUUUUAAAGGUAGGCUGUGUUAUUGUAUUACAUUGGCGAUAGAAUAGGUGCAUAUGUAGUGUGUUAACAACAUUUCACUGUAAACAGUGUUUGUAUGGUUUUAAAUAUUUGUAGGAUUAUUGCCUAUAGGCAGUGGUGUAGUGGUGCCUGAAGAAUAGGUAUACUCUUAAUUUUGGCAAAAAUGUCCCAAACGGCCUGCCCGGCGAAGGAAAGGCGCUCUGUGUGAAAAAUUCUAUGAGAAACAGUGACAUUCAUUCUGUAUUACCUAAAAUUAUAAAUCUCAUAUUGGUCUUUCACAGUCAGGCCAACACAAGCUGUACUGUGCAAGUAGGCUAAUAGUAGGCGUAAUAUUGAAACAGAUAAAUUAGGCUGUCAACUAAAUCAGAAAUUCAAAGAUUUCAGAUGUAUUUUUUCAGAUUUUCACUCUCAAAAUCACACUUUGUUUUAUAGAAAAACAACAAAAUUGGAUGUUCUAAGUCCAUAAAAAUGCUUAAACCACAUCAGGAGACCACUUUUGAGGUCUGGGAAAAAUGUAAGAUAAAACAAUUUUUGUGUAGGCUUAGGCUACUUUGUAGCUAGUUAACAUUUAAUUGACAAGGUUUUUGGGAAAGCCUUUCCAUCUACCAGAAGAGAGUUAGGCCUAUCAUUAGCAUCGCUAUAUUUUUCCUGUUCCUUAAUUGUUUGAAAACUGGACAUUUUACUUCAUAUUAUGAGGGAUGUCUUACCAUUGCAUAGAAACAUGGAGGUAAUAAUUUUAUUAAGACUUCCUCAUAUGCGUUCUCCUGUUCUACUGGUUUUCUUUCAACUUUAUUUCUUUGUCUAGCAGCCAAAGGCAUUAUCCUAUUCAUAUUAGCAACCGAUGAAGGUUGUUGCAUCUUUAGAUCUCCCUUAUAUCUAAUUUUAUUAUGGAUAUUUAAAUCUCCAUCCAUCAAACCUCUCACAUAUGCUGUGCACAUUUUAGAAUGGUGUUUUGCGGCUAACUGCAUCUUGGAACAUUCCCAUGUAGGCCUACCGCCGUGUGCCCAUUGCUGCAUCUAAAAUGUGAAGAAAUAAUAGUUGAUCAACAUUUAAGCUAAACAUUAAGAAAUAUACGCAAUGCCCACUGAAAAAUAACUGGGUAUAUGGUGUAAACCUGCGCAUACCCUCCACUACACACACCACUGAGGCCUGCUAUUUGUUGUGUUUAUGUAGAGAGAAAUUGCAGUUUUUCUCAUGAACUUGAGUUAAAAAGUGUGUUGUAAUAUGUGGUGGGUAGAUCUUGUCAAGAAUAAAUGCAUAAAUGUCA